AUGAUUUGCAAAGUAUAAAGCAUUGAGUCAUAUCCUAAUGAUUAAAUGGACGAAUACUAUACAAUAGCUUUAUUUAAUUGUUAUUCCUUAUCUUAAACUUGUCUAUUUGUUGAAUUAUCGAAUCUUAUUAAUAGGUAUUUUAAUUAUUGCAAUAGGUAUAAAAAAUUCUAGAUAUACCGAUAGCUGUAGCUUAAACUCCAGAAAUUUUUGUAAAAAUCUUGGUAGAUAAAAUUUUUAGUUCAGCCCUAGAUUUAUUUGAUGUGUUUGUAGGUAUUAUCUAAUGUUUAAAUUAAUCCUUCAAUAAGAAUUGAUUAAACUUACUUUGUACAUUAAAUCAUAUAUAUAUAUAAUUGCUUGGAUUAUUAUUAUAUCAACAUAACCUUGAUCAUUUAGACCAAUUAAUUAAUAUUGAUUAUAGAUAAUAUUAAUUAAAUUGUGUUGUAAAAUUAAUUGACAUACAUAAUAUAAUGA